UAUAGUUCACUCUGAGACCUGAUGAUGCUGCAAAUGUAUUGAGGAUGCCUUUUAGGAAAAAUAAAAGCUCUGCAUAUUGGACAAAAAUCUUCUCAUCGCGCUCCUCAAGCGCUUUCCUGGCGUCUUCGAGGUUGUCGAGGAGGGCGUCUACUCCCCGCUGUCGUCGCUCCCCGCCUUGCUCUGCCGCGGCCGUGCCUCGCCGCCACAGGUCCACCGCUCGAGAUCCCGGUCGACGCUCCGGCCUGAUCUCCAUUUUUGGCCUUCGGUUGGAGAUCGGCACUUCUCGGUGAUGUCCCUUUGGCUGCACGGCCACCCAAUCGGGUGUUUGGGUCUUCGAUUUGGGUCUGUAGCGUUGGAGAUACCCCCUUCAAACUGCUGCCGGUCCGGAAGCCGUGCCUCCUAGCCGCCCACGCUCGCCGUCCGUGAUCCGUUCUCGACUGUUGGUGCUCCGGACUCACAGUCCAUAUUGAUGGCUACAUUAUCAUGGUGGAUGGAAUGGUCGGUGGAGAAUGUUCGUGAGGCAUUUUUCUCCUAUUUCGGGGAAAAUCAGCACGUGAGGGUUUCUCUGAAUUUGGAAGUUACCACUUAGCAGGUUUCCAUACCAAGGCUCAAUACAAUCAAGUCCGUAGCGUCUACCGAUUUCGCCAUAUCCCCAUUUUACUUUUCUUUGAAACCAGGAUUCCUUGUAUAAUUUGUUGAUGAUCCGAAGGUGCCCCUUCUUCAUACAUGUUUGCACCGGUUCAAGGGGACCCUUGGUGGCAGAGAGAGGCAUCGCACCUGCUUUUCGCUGAGGUGCAUUAUUGCAAGUGGUGACGAAGAUUUGAUUGACCGCUUCAGAAUUGACGCUACUUUCCAUCGAUUCACGGAGAUCCUUGGGAGUUGGUCUCAUGGGUACUAUUUCAAGGAGGAAGCUAUCGGCUUGUUAUUCAGUCUUCUCACCGAGAAAUACAAGUUACCUCAGUCUAGAAUAUAUGCCUCAUACUUUAGUGGUGAUAUGUCCUCUUGUUUGAGUUCGGACGACGAGUCAAGAAAUACCUUGCAGAAAUAUAUAGGAGCAGAAAGAAUCUUGCCUUCCAUGUCCAAGGUUGAUUUUUGGAUGCCCGGUGAAACUGGUCCUUGUGGGCCAUGUAUUGGUUUUUUCCUUGAUUGUUCGGACAACAAUGAUGGUGUUGAUUCCGUAAGGAACAUAACGGAUGGCAAGCUUGUCGAGAUAUGCCGUCUUGUGUUUGUUGAGUUCGAUCGGCAAGCAGAUGGCGUCUUGGAGCCUUUCCAAGCUAAGCAUGUCUUAACAGGGAUUAAUCUUGAAUGUUUAGCUGCCAUUCUUCAAAAGAAAGAAAGCCACUAUGACUUAGAUGUAUACGCUUAUGUAAUUCGUCAAGUCUACUGGGGUUAGGAAAUGAAGGUCGCGAGUAUUUCCUGAAGUGUGCUGAUAAACAGGCUGUGAAGUAUGGCUAUCAAGUACUUAAGAUAAAUGAAGAGGAUUACGACAUGAUGUCUUCUUCAAUGCACCGGUGCAAAUAACAGAGCAUCCAGUUAGGUCACCUGUCAGUCUUCAUGAUUUUCAGUAUGAGUCGUCGUUAGCAAAUUUUGUAUUUUUGCUCCCUGCUGUAUUGAGUUUUCGCUUUGUCUUUCCUCCAGAAGUAUCUUGCCAGGAACACCUUGAAACUACUUAUGCUUGGUGUUGCUGCAUAUAUGUCAUUUUGCACCCUGCUGUAUUGUGUUUCUGCUUUGUCUUUCCUACAACAGUUAUCUUGCCAAGAAUUGUAUGUUAGGCUACUUAUGGUUGGAGUUGCUGCAUGCUGUCAUCUCACAGUGUGCAGUUACCACUUCUAUCUUUUGCUGUGCACUUCUUUACUGAAAGUAAAAAUAACAUUCAAGAUGAAACCUGCUCAGGAUAUUGAUUCUAUGACUGGGUUAGUUCUUGCCAGCCUGUCAUGCAACUUCUAUUCCGAUGUUGUUGAUGCAAUUCUUCUAAAUGAACCUGAUUUAUGUACCGAGCUUGAAAGAGAAAUAAUCGACAGAAUAGUCAAAGAUGAAGUGAUGAUCUACAAAAAGACUAAAGCAGAGUUGCGGAAUCAGGAACAGCCGUUUGAUAUGGGGAAAAAGAAGAAAAGGAACAAAAAUGUCCCUGCUGUUGUGUGGUAUCCGACAAGGGUUAUCGAAUUUCUUGGUCGGCGCACACCCAUUAUCCUCAAGGAAAAGGAUACACGGUGCUCCCUAGUAGCAAUAUGCAACGUUCUCCUGCUUGGAGAGAAAAUAACCCUCGAUUUAGAUAUCAAGAAAGUGUUGGAGAGCCAUCUCAUCCAUCUUUUCCAGAGGCCUCUUUUGUGUGGCAAUACACAAAUGCAGUUGGAACAGAACUUGGAACUAUCAGAGUUCAAUAAACAAGUUCUUGGUGUAUUGCCGAAGCUUACAUGCAGCUUAUACUUUGAUGUGACAUUUUCUAGCUCUUGUGGCUUAGAGAAGACCUUUGAAACUGCACUGUUUGGUUUUCUUGGUGUCCCUCUACGCCAUGGCUGGUUGGUAGAUCCCCAGGAUGCUGAGUUGGACUCCUCAAUACGUGGAAGCUCCUACUCCAAACUUUCGUAUAAUCUUGCUAUCUAUGAAUCAAUUCGACCCAAGACAAAUUCAGGGCCUCAAAAGCAUGGUCGAUAUGAAGAUGAUAUGUUCUAUUCAGCGCUUGCAUUCUCUAAAACUGGAUCAGAAAAAGAACUUGAUUCUACUUCUUGUGCAACAAUUUCAACAUUUUUGCAGGGCCCUCAGCUAACCCGAUAUGGAUUCUCUUCCUUACAUAAUGACCUCAGAGCGUUACAACCUACUGUCCUGAUCUGGAAUGAAAACUUAAUUACAAUAUCUAAGUUUGAAGACAAAAUAUAUGUGUUGCUGAACGAUUUGUCCUUGUUGAGAACUGAAACCGAUGCUGUGUGGGAAAGGUUAACACAGGCAAAUGGUGAUGGAGUUUUUGUUGAUUGUAACUUUGUGCCUACAGAUUCUAAGAUUCAAUCAGUACUGCCACUGACGAAAACUGAAAGAAAGAAAAGGAUAAAAGAGAAGAUGGAUCUGAAGAAGAAAGAGAAGGAUAGUAACAAGGACAAAGAUGAUGAGGAUACCAAGGAUAAAGAUGAUGGGAAAGAAGAGGAUAGUAACGAGGACAGAGAUGAUGAGGAGACCGAGGAGAAAGAUGAUGGGAAUGCUGCCCCUCAAACCUAUUUCUUGCAGGGCAGGCAUAUCAACUUGAAUGCUAGGCCUAUCAAUUUUCUUGGACUAUCUACCCAUGUUAUCCACCAGAUAAAUGAUGGCCCAUGCGCCCUUAUUGCAGUCUAUAAGGGGGACAUCUCUUUUGAACCACAUGAAACUGUGGUGUCAAUGGAGUAUCUACUUGGCCUUGUCCUCGCUCUUCUUGGAGGAAGUGUGAAAAUGCAGGACUAUUCUGAUGAAAGAAAAAGUCAGAUAUUGAAUGUGGUGAAGAGUCUGGCCGGAGGGUUUGAUAUGGAUGUUAUCUUCACCAGAACGGAUGGUUUUACAAUGACUCCAGAGUGGUUGCUUCUGGAUUGCUUAGAUCUCAACCUUCGACAUGGUUGGAUUGCUGCUAGGGAUUUGUUGACCGGACCCGAAGUAUCAUUUGAAAGUCUUACGUUGGCUUCUAAUGAACCUGGUUUUCCACAUGCGGAGGAGAUCAAGAAUUUUCUAAGGGGACCUCAACUUACUCCCAUUGGCUUGGUUUCGCUGCAAGAGGACUUUGUUGAGAAUGUUCCGUGCAUUCUGUUCUGGAACAAGCAUUACCAUACUAUAGUUAUGGCAUUUUAUCAUGACCUGCACACAGAUCACAUACAGACUUCCCACAAAGAAGUAUCGCAAAAGAAAUAAGAUGAACAAACCUUAUGUUCUCCUCUGAUGGAUAUUGCAUCAUAGCAAGGCCCCGAUGUAAAUGUCUCCCUUCCAGUAAGUGCUCCUUCCGAGAUUACUCAGUUAAUAGUUUAGCUCCACUUCAGAUUCUAAAUCUAACUGAUCAUAUAUAUGGCGAACCGUUUCAGCUCCGUAAAUUAAGUUAGAAGAGGGAAGGUUUAUUUAAAUUCUAUUGGUUUAGUGACUUAUUAUGAUCCUAAACUUAACAGCUUUGUCUAACAAAUCAACAACACAAUUGUAGUGCUUCUUUUCAGGUUCCAGCCCGUAACUUUUGUUUGUUGCAUUGAGGGAUCUCAGUUGGAGGCUUGGAGCUCAAUUUCCCCCACGUGUCAGUAAGCGGUGAAUACACAAAUGAAUGCAACAUUAGUCUUGCUUUAGCCAGACACUGCAGGUAUCCUCAACAGGUAUCCUCAAACUGGACAAACACUUACACAAGUUGAACAACAUAUUUACUCAGUGUUAUGGUCUGAAGAACCUAUAAGUUCAACAACUACAGGCAGAAAUACAGGUCAACGGUGAUGGAGUAUAUUUGGACAGCAAUUUCACACCAAUUUAUAUAGGGCUAGAUGCAGCUGCUUCUGUAUAUGUAACGUGACCCAAAUUAAAUUAAUUUUCUGUAUCUGCAAUGCAUUGUUAUUAUGGUCUGAUCUUUUCCUUUUCCAUUUCUAUUUCUAUAUGUGAUAUAUUAGUGCUGUAGAUAUAGUCAAAUGCAAUUUAUUCUCCACAUACAUUUUUUUAAAGCGCAGGAGAGCUGCGUUUCAUUAAAAUUAGAGAGAAAUAGAUGGGUCCCCUACAUGAUCAUCACUCAUAUGAGGACCAGAACAUGAGUGAGGCAGUUACACAUAAGUUGGAGCAGAUCCAUAACUGAAACAAAAACACACACACAAUCUAGAGACUUAGCUUGCUGAUGAAGUAAGCACGAGAUUAAGCUCUCGUAACCUCUUAGCCCUGGCCAAACCCCAAAGACUAAGAUCAUCCUUUAUGGCAUCUCGAAUUGUGUUAAUAGAAGGAGAAACUCCUUUCAAAACAUAGUCAUUUCGAUGCUUCCAGAUAGACCAAGCAGCAAGAAUGCUGAGGGAAUUUGCUCCUUUUUUCUGCUGCUUCCUUACUCUUUUCAUUAUUCUGCGCCACCAGUCAGCAAAGCUGCGUUCAUUUUGCUGAGGCACUGAAAUUAUGAGCUGCAACAGGUUUAACAAGAUGAACCAUACUUGUCUUGCCGCCAGACAAGAUGUUAGAAGAUGUUGUGCUGUUUCCUCUUCUUGAUCACAUAGUGGACAUUUGUCUGGAUGAUCGGGCCCUCUCUUAGCGAGUGUGUCAGCUGUCCAACAUCUGUUUUUUGAUGGCCAACAAUAGGAACAUUUUGCAUUUAGAAGGUGCCAAAGUCUUCCAGAGUUGGUGUCAAGGCUCCUCUCCCCAUAUAAAUGAAAUUUUAUCUUCCAUGGAAGUCAUGUUUUCUUUGUUCUUAUUUGAAAAUUCAUUUUGCAUUAAAAAAUAUUAGCGUUAUUACAAUUGAUGGUAGCAAUAAAAACAACAACAACCAAGCGUGUCAGUCGCAAGCAAGUUGGGGUAGGCUAGAGUUGAAACCCAACAAGCACCCGCAGUCACGGUUGAGGCACAUCAAUAGCCGUUUUCCAAGCACACCUAUUCAGACAUAGAUCUCUAGGUAUAUCCCGUUCUUUCACAUCUUUUUUUAUUUCUUCCCCUUAUAUCAACUUCGGUCUACCUCUGCCUCUCCUCACAUUAUUAUCUUGACUUAGAACUCCACAAUGGUAGCAAUAAACAUAUUGAUGAUUAAAUUGUGUGCUUCUCACUUUAGGGUUCUUACUUUGUUCCUGAAACAAGUAUCUCGAGAGCAUCUACUUUAUUCAUGAAGCCAAAUUCUAAAUGGAUUACACCACAUGGUGACAGAUUAUAUUCAGACUGCAGCCUGACACAGUUGUGUUCGGGACCCGAUGCAGCUCUUUUGGUAUGCUUAGCAUUAACCAUAAAAUGGACCUUGCUUUGUUACAAUUUUUUUACUGGUUUGUGAAAUCAAAUAUAUCUUUAAUUGCAAUGACUUUGUGUCUCAUUUUGUACUAUGUUACCCUUCACAUUUGAUUUAUAACAGAUCUUCCUUUUUUAUAUUUCUAUUUCUACCGGUAAUAUCUGAAUGCUUUGUACAUACUAUUAAUAUAUGAAAUUUUAUCUUUCUUGCAAGUCAUGUUGCGUUUUGUUUGAAAGUGCCAUCUUACAUUGAAGAAAAUUAAUGUACAAUCAGUUGUGACAAUAAGCAAUGCAUGUCCUCAUUGUUGUGUUAUGCGAACUGCAAAAGCUGAAAUUGUGUUUAUUUUUCAGAGAAAUGAUUAUGGUUCUCACUUUGUUCCUACAGAAGAAGAUACAUCGCAUCAGAAGUCUGUGCUUGGUCCACAAUUUGUUCAUGAAACAUGGGAAACAUCACUUGAAGAUUUUUUUCGGAUACCUGGUAAUGAGUUCUCUGAAGCUAUAAUUAUAUUUGCUGAUGGUACUUUCUUAUAGGUUGCUGAUACUACAAAGAUAGGAAGAGUUUUUAGACUGGAUCUGUUGCAAGAAAUGAUUUUUUUUCUAAUAACGUGGGAUUAAGUUGGAAUGGACAGUUUGACGUUAGUACAAUAGUUGUCAUUGAUGGGGUCCGUGCUGAAAUCCGCGCACUCUAUUGUGACAAGUUCUCUGAAAAGGCGAAAUUCAAU